AUGUCGUCCUCCGCGCAGCGGGCGCUGGAGUACCUAGAGCAGCUGCCCGGGACGACCUUCACCAAGCUGUAUCAACAGCCCAGCACGGCGCUGGCCAUCUUCAGGCGCAUGCUGCCUCACAUGGCUAAGACACUCGUUAUGGCUAUGCUGUAUAUGCCGACGCCAUUCAGUGUGGCAGAUCUAGACACAUGGGUCAAGCCCGAGCACGACAGUGCGCAGGCGAAGGAGCGACGUCCCGCGUUGAGACUCAAUCCAGCAUUCUCGAAGAGCUUGAGACAGGCGUUGACAGGCGGUGGAAACCACAGGAGUUUUGGAGUGCCAUGUACCACACCAGAUAAAUCCUCAGUGACGAUCGAAUUUCUGGACACUUUUGCCCGGAAGCAGUGGGAAACUAUACUAUAUUAUGUCGUAGGAAGCGCCAAUUCUGCCUUGAGCGGCGGUAUGGAUGUCCACAAUAGCACAAAGAAGCUGCUCGAAAAUGGGGAGUUUGUGCAAAUGCAGAAUGGGGGCCGGCAGAGGUUCAUCACUACGGAUGGCUUCACAUUUCUCUUACAAGACGUGAACGCGCAGAUCUGGUCUCUACUCAUUGUAUACCUUCAAACGUCGGAAACAGAAUGCUUUAUGGACCCAGUCGACGUCCUCUCGUUCCUUUUCACACUCGGCUCGCUAGAACUUGGGACAUCAUAUUCGACGUCGAACCUCACCAAAACCCAACUACAGAUGCUUGAGGAUCUAUCAGAUCUUGGUCUGAUAUUCCACCCGGAACAAUCAGACCGAUAUUAUCCGACCAGAUUAGCGACCACACUGACAUCUGAUGCGCCAGCUCUGCUCAACAGCAGUCAUACAUCGACCACAACGACGGUUUCUGCCAGCAGCAACGAUGAUCUUGCAGCUUCGGCGAACGAGAAAGGCUUCAUCAUACUUGAGACAAACUACCGUCUCUAUGCUUACACUAACUCGCCCCUUCUCAUCAGCAUUCUGAGCCUGUUUGCCAGUCUGCACACGCGCUAUCCGAACCUUGUCACUGCUAAGAUCACCAAAACUUCGGUCCAGGCUGCGAUUUCCUCCGGCAUCACGAGUAACCAGAUUAUCUCUUACCUCCAGACACACGCACAUCCGAUCCUCCGACGUACCGCCUCCAUGCACAAUGCACCGAUUCUGCCGCCGACAGUUGUCGAUCAGAUAAGACUUUGGCAGAUUGAGGGCGAAAGAAUGACGAGCACCAAGGGUUACCUUAUCAGGGAAGUGGGAAGCAAAGAGGACUACGAAAAAGCAGUGCAGUAUGCAGAAGCGCUGGGAAUUCUGGUGAAGGAUUUUGCGCACAAACAGUCAUUCUUUGUGACAAGGAUGGACCAAAUGAAGAUUUUCUUCGCGAAUCAGGCUCAGCGAAGGAAGGAAGCGAGAGAAAGGGCGGAGGCAAGUAAAACAUGA